GGCGGCGCUGCCGUACGCUGAGAGCGGGCGGAGGCCGCAGGAGCACUGUAACAUGGCGGCGUCUGGCAGUGGUGGCAGCCGGGUGGAUAACGGCUACAGCAGCCAGCAGCCACGGCGGAGGAAGGGUCCGGGUGCCCUGGCCACGGCCUACCUCGUUAUCUACAACGUGGUGAUGACGGCGGGAUGGCUUGUUAUUGCAGUUGGUCUAGUUCGAGCAUACCUGGCUAAAGGUAGCUACCAUAGCCUUUACUAUUCAAUAGAAAAGCCCCUGAAAUUCUUCCAAACUGGAGCUUUGCUUGAGAUUCUGCACUGUGCGUUUGGCAUUGUUCCCUCUUCUGUUGUUCUGACUGCUUUCCAAGUGAUGUCAAGAGUUUUCCUGACGUGGGCAGUAACACAUAGUGUGAAAGAGGUACAAACUGAAGAUAGUGUCCUGUUGUUUGUAGUGGCCUGGACAAUCACUGAGAUAAUCCGUUACUCUUUUUAUACGUUUAGCUUAUUAAACCAUCUCCCUUAUCUCAUCAAAUGGGCCAGGUACACUUUGUUUAUCGUAUUGUAUCCAAUGGGAGUCUCAGGCGAGUUACUCACAAUAUAUGCUGCAUUACCCUUCGUCAGGCAGUCUGGCUUGUAUUCCAUUAGUUUACCUAACAAGUACAAUUUUUCUUUUGACUACUAUACAUUCCUUAUCCUGGUUAUGAUCUCCUACAUUCCAAUCUUUCCUCAGCUGUAUUUUCAUAUGCUACAUCAGAGGCGAAAGGUACUCUCUCAUGCUGAAGAACACAAGAAGUCGGAGUAAUUUCAAGUCUUUUUUCAGAACUUUUCAAACAUCAAAAUGCUGCAGAUUUUCAAUACCCAGCACAUUUAUAAAGAAUAUACCAAGAUAAUAUAAGUCGGAGGUAAAAGACCAAUAAUUUAACAAGAAUAACCAAUAAAUCUGAUUUCACUGAAAUUCCACAAUGUAAAACAUUUAAAUAAUUUUCAGUUCGCAGUGCUUCAGAAAACUUUUAAACUUUGUGGCUUGGCAAUUAGCCUUUUCCUUUUUUUUUUUUUUUUAAAUGAUGUGCUAAAGGGUUUCAUUUAUUACUAAAUGCCUGAAGGUUGCAGUAUGAGUGAUGAAGUUAUACCCACUAAAUGCUUGAAUUGGGAUUAUAUUACUGAUACCUCUUUUUCUUUAAGUGCUUGACUGCAUGCCAGAAACUGUACGUAUUGCUGUGAAAGCAAACAAUAUGCUCUGGAAUACUUUAUGAUUUCUGUCAGAGACUCCAGUGAAGAAUGUAAUCUGGGCAAAGUGUCUGAAUUAAAAGUAGGUUGUGUAUUUAAAGGGUGAUGGGAACAAGAACAGGAAAACAUUUACGGGAAAUGAGGGGAAUGUGGUUCUUUAGGAAUUUAAACAGUAGGGUAUCUGACCAGAGUGUGUUCUCUGAAGAUCUCAUUUAAGUUGAUUACUUAAAUGCUAAUGUUAAUUCAGAGGUUGUAAUGCUUAUCUGAAACAUUAAAACUCCUCUAAGUGCUGCAUCCCUGGAUAAUUUUUUUUAAUUAAAAAAAAAACCUAACUGUAAUAUUUCUAGUGAUAUCAGUAAUGAAUCUAAACAAUAUUAGGAGGCAAGUCACCCAGAAACAGGUGCAGUUCUCCCCCUUUUUUUACUUGAAAUUAUCAUCUCUAAUCACUGUCCACUCAGUGGUACUCAGCUUUCAGUGUUGAGGACUAUUUGGUCUACCGUGGAAUCAUUUGAGGGCCUUGUUCCUCAACCUAGCUUUUCUCAAGUGACUGAAGUGUAUCACUGGCACAUCCAAGCAGGCAGUUCCAGGCACUCGGCUUCUGAAAUGUUGCAAACUUGUAAGCUCCUUCUUUGAAAGCGGAUCAUCUCAUGUGUUACGUGCUGCAUUUGCAGAUCAGGCAAACCUUCCCUCAUGUGCUCUUUUGGAAGAGCAGAAGGCCAUAGAAAGUUAAAUUUUCAUAGGUGCUUUCUCUGGGUUCUCAGGCUAAGCCUUCUUUUGGGAAGGUAAAACACAAAAUGAAAGACCUGAGGAAACCUUGUAGCGAGGCAGAAAGCACUAAUGCUAGGCAAGCAUUGCCCAGAGUUACAAAUGAACUGUUGACAGGGAGUGGAGGGUGGGAAAUGGGAAGGAUUAAGGGAGGGAGCAGCUUAAUGAACAGGUAUUCAAGCAAAGGUGAAAGGAAAUGUAGGUUAUGGCUUUCGCUCUAUCAAAUAGUCCUAUCUUAAAGCAGUCAGAGCCACUAGACAACAAUACACAGGCUUCUCUGGCUUCCCUCUUGUAACAUCAUGAUUUAGUGCAUAAAUGAGGUAUGACCAGUACUAUGGUACUUGCAGUACUAGCCUAGUACUGUGCAUGCCAGCACCUCCCCCUGGAUAUGGCCCAUAGCUGUGUCCCAGUUAUUUAUUUGCUCUCCCUGAACAUAGCCAAUAAGUACUAAGGGCACAGGCUCUCUGUUCUAGCACUUAGGGAGAGCUGGAUCUACAGUUAUUUUGGUUUAUGUUUGACAAAGCUAUAUUUAAGAAUGCCCAACAAAAAAAAAAAAAAACAAAACCCAACAGCCUUUGCAUUUUUCAGUAAUUUUUUUUUGGCUCCAUCAAAAAGUCUUGAGUGAAUUUCCCUAGCACUCAGUAACAUAUGUAGCACCUUUAAUGCUCAGCACAAACAAGACUACUAUAAGCAGGGAGAGGGAAAAGAGACAGGAAUGAUCUUUGCUUCUAUUUUAAACCUUUUAGAGACAGUUAUUGGCUGUAUUCAAAGACUCUAUGGCUAUAUACAUCCUAAAAUGGGUUUGCUUUCAAAGAUGCAACAAUUUCAUUUCUCCGUUAGGUUAUGUGGUGGUUUGUUGUUGUGAUCUGAGAAAUGUUACAUCACACUGUUCAACAGUGUAAGCUUCCACCUCAGAACAAAACAUCUCCUUUUACUUAUACUUGCUAUCAGGAGUGCUAUCAGGAGCAUAUUCAUAGAGGAUAUGCUCAGCUCAUCAACUUUUCUUGAUUUGAUUUCUGCGCCCAAAUAAAAGAUAAGGUUUCGGAUGUGUUAAUCCAGUUUGGAGAAAAAUGGCUGUGUAACAUUCAUAGCUCUGUUGAUGAGAAAGAUACAGUACAGAUCUGUAUUAGAUAGCAUUGGCACUAUGGACAAAUAGAGCUGCCAGUAGGGAGAGAGCUUAUACAACCCACAUCUUUACUGAAUAAGCUUUGUUAGAGAAUAUUUACUUUAUUGAAAGUAUUAAUUUGCCACACAAAUGCAAAUGGACUACAGCCUUUUAAAAGAAAAUGGAGCUACUUUUCCUUUUAAGAAGAAAAAUAAAAUGCUUUGAUAAUAAGAAAUCCUGUAAGCCAAGUUGAUUUAAAAAUUCUCAAGUAUGAACAUGCAGUUAGUAUGUACAAGAAUUCCCUCACUUCAGCUUGCAGUGCUUUUUCAAGUUUAGCUUCCAUGGAAAUCACUGGAAGGUGAUCUUGAGAACUGUAGUGCGAUGCCAUAAUACUGUUUGAAUUUUUCCCUAACACCAACUUUGGUCACAUGUGGGUUUUUUCCUCCUCAUAAAGUAAGAACAAAUUUUCCCUCACCUGUCACUGAAAUUCUAAUGUGGUUUGUGUGAACUUUAUAAUAGAAGCUUUGAUUUGUACUCUGUCACAAAUCUAGAGUUGUUCUUCUUUACCCACAGACUAUUUACUUGGCUUGCAUGUUUUCUGUCAGCAUCACCAAACUUCUGCUGCAGCCGUGUCUUCUGCUUUAAGUACUGUGUUGUGUGCACUGAUGCAGUCGACAGUACUUCCUGUUCUACCAUGCUGGCUCUGAGUUAGUCAUUACCCUCUAAGACCAAGAUGUAUAUCACUGUAUAGUUUACAACUGGAAUUAUAGAAAUGUUCAUAUUGUAAAUUACAGUAAGAUGCAGGCUACAGUGCAGGUAAAUUGUAAUUUUUCACAAUGUGAUGUUUCUAUCAAAGGUUGGGUUGUUGUUUAUUUAUCAGUAUAAAGGUUGGCAUUUGUGUGGACCAAUCUGCAGUGUCAUUUUAAAACUUCAGCUUAAAAAUGUCAUAAGUAUACAUCAAAUCAUACAUUUUGAUGUAUAUUUGUCAGUGAAAUUUGGGUGAAAACUAUAUACAGCCAUUUUUGUAUUUUUUCUAUGUUGUGAAGAAUAAAAUUGUAAUUUUAUAAGUCUGAUUCACUAAGAUUAUUAUAAGUUAAAUGUAUUUUUUGUAUAUUUAGAAAUCUAGUAUUACCUGGAGCUCUGAAAGAUUAAGCAUAGACUUUUUAUGCAUGGUUGGAAGAUAUUUCUACUUGGUAAUUCAGUGAAAUGGUUUGUAUGCUAAAAUACUUGUCCAUGUUGUUGCCUUGUGAAAUGGAUUCUGUGCUCUGCCUGGAUUUGGCCUACUGAUCAGUGAUACUAAUUGCUAUAAUCCAAAUAAAAUAAUUCUGAACAAAA